UGGCGGGUGCCGGCCAUGGCGGCGUCACUCCCGCGACCCGGGAGUCGGCUCUUCCGAACGUAUGGGGCUGCCGGCGGCGGCGGCGGGGGUCCGCGGCGGCAGCCGGGCCGGGCAGCCGCGCAGUGGUUCCCUCCGCAAGACCGCAAGCGUUUCUUCAGCAGCAGCGGCAGCAGCACCGACACCAGCGGCGGCGGCCGCUCGCGGUCUGUGGCCUCCGACGACCCGGACGACCCCGACUUCCCCGGAAGCCCGGUGGGCCCGCGGCGGAGGCGCGCUGGCCGGCGAACCUGCACGGACGGCCCGAGCCCGAUCGCGACCCCGCGCCGCCUGAGGCUGCGAGCUCGGCCCCCGCAGAAGUGCAGCACCCCCUGCGGCCCGCUCCGGCCGCCGCCCUUCCCCAGCGGCAACCCGGGCCGCCUGAGCCCGGACCUCAGUGCGUGCAGCCCGCCCGGGCACGGCGGCGAGCUGGGCAUCAGCGCCUCCCUGUACAGCUCUCCGGCCUCUCCCGGCCCCGGCCCUGGGUCCCCAGAGCCAGGAGACAGUGUCAUCAGUACCGGCCCCUCCGCCUCUCCGGACGCAGCCUCUGAAGUCGCGAGCGGCCUCCACCCCCCAGCAGCCUCCCUGGACCACGCACCUCUCCCCUGCUCCCCGGAGGCAGCACCAGGACGCAGGUUCACCAGGUUGACCCACCAAGCCCGUGCCAGCCUCAGGUCAGCUCUCUUUAGCCUUGUGGACUCAGGAAACCCUGAGAAUUCUGAGUUCGGGGCAGAUGGGAAGAAUAUGAGGGAGACCUGCCAUGAAAGGGAACUGGUCGGCAAGAGGCUGGAGGGCCCGGGCUUAUCAAGCAUCAGCGAAAAGAGUGCCACAGACCAGGACUCUUGUCAAGAGAUUGGGUCUCAAGGGACUGUCCAGAUAGAAUGCGACGAGGCCAAUGGUGACAAGGGCUGUAUUGGACCUGGGGCAUUCAACAGGCCUGAGAGAACUCGGCCAAGCCGGAAAAGGAAACAUCAGGAGACAAUGAACACCUCCCUCCUCCAUUACCAGCAGUUUAAAGGGGGCCAAAAGAGAGAAAAAGAUUCAUUCUUCACCCAGGACCUGACUCAUUUACAGGAUGCGAGCGCUUGGACCAAAGCCAGGGCUUCCCUCAGUUUGCACAAGAAGAAGAUCGUGACUGCUGUGUCAGAAGUGUGCAGCAGCUACACCACUGCCAGCUCUCUCUCUGGGUCCCUCAUAUCAGAAUAUUCAAACCCUCCUGUCACAAACAAAACGAACAGUGCUCUGUCCCCUUGGCACUCCUCUUCCAUGUAUUUGCUAACCCCCUUAAAGACACUACCUGUCGCAGACAAAAAGGCAUCUGAUGCUGAAAAGGUUUAUGGGGAAUGCAAUCAGGAAGGCCCUCUCCCCUUUAGCUAUUGCCUUUCCUCAGAAAAAUUGGAAUGCUGUGAGAAGAUUGGGGAAGGGGUGUUUGGCGAAGUGUUUCAAACAACUGCUAACAACACACCUGUAGCCCUAAAAAUCAUUGCCAUCGAAGGACCGGAUUUAGUCAAUGGAGCCCAUCAGAAAACUUUCGAGGAAAUCCUGCCAGAGAUCAUCAUCUCCAAAGAGUUGAGCCUCUUGUCGGAUGAGGUCUGCAACCGCACAGAAGGCUUCAUUGGGUUGAACUCAGUGCACUGUGUUCAAGGAUCUUACCCUCCCUUGCUCCUCAGAGCCUGGGAUCACUAUAACUCAACCAAAGGGUCUGCAAAUGACCGGCCUGACUUUUUUGAGGAAGACCAGCUCUUCAUUGUUCUGGAAUUUGAGUUUGGAGGGAUUGACUUAGAGCAAAUGAGAAAGAAGCUGUCCUCCUUGGCUACUGCAAAGAGCAUUCUACACCAGAUCACUGCCUCCCUCGCAGUGGCAGAGGCCUCACUGCACUUUGAGCACCGGGACUUACACUGGGGGAACGUGCUCUUAAAGAAAACCAGCCUCAAAGAGCUCCAUUACACCCUCAACGGGAAGACAAGCGCUAUCCCCACCUGUGGGCUGCAAGUGAGCAUCAUUGACUACACCCUGUCACGCCUGGAGCGGGAUGGGAUCGUGGUUUUCUGUGACAUUUCCAUGGAUGAGGACCUAUUUACAGGUGAAGGUGACUACCAGUUUGAGAUCUACAGGCUAAUGAGAAAGGAGAACAACAACUGCUGGGGUGAGUAUCACCCUUAUAAUAAUGUACUCUGGCUGCAUUACCUCACAGAUAAGAUUCUGAAUCAAAUGACCUUCAAGACGAAGCGUAACACCCCUGCCAUGAAGCAAAUAAGGAAAAAGAUCCAGCAUUUCCACAGGACGAUGCUGGACUUCAGCUCUGCCACUGACCUGCUCUGCCAACACAGUCUAUUUAAGUAAGCCGAAGGGGCCUCACUGGCCCAAACUGAGAAGAACUCCAGUUUUUAUGCCUUUGAGAAUCCAUAGUCCCUCUGGAAAGAGAUGUGAUCUUUAUAGAGUAAAGAACUGCCUCUAAGUA